AUGGCAACAACAGACAGCAUGCAGGGUGUGGAUGGCAUCAGGAGGGGAGCAGCAGGGGGUUCUGCCGACAGUGUUCUCACCUGGCAAGGAGACAGACGGUUCACGCUGACGACUCACAUGAGGACUCACACAGGGGAGAAACCCUACAAGUGUGAGGAGUGCUGUAGGCAGUUCAGUGUGCUAAGUAAUCUGAAGACUCACAUGCGGGCUCACACAGGUGAGAAACCCUACAGGUGUGAGGAGUGCAGCAGGCAGUUCAGUCAGCUGAGUGUUUUGAAGAGGCACAUGCAGACUCACACAGAGGAGAAACCCUACAGGUGUGAGGAUUGCAGCAGGCAGUUCAAUACACUUAGUAGUUUGAAGAGACACAUGCGGACUCAUACAAAGGAGAAACCUUACAGGUGUGAGGAGUGUAGCAGGCAGUUCAGUCAGUCGGGCAAUCUUAAGACUCACAUGCGGACUCACACCGGAGAGAAAGAAUACAGCAAGAAGUAUGAUAGGGAAGACAGGAAGAACCACAGUGCACUCUCACUAGUGAGGAUUGAUCCCGAUAUUGCUGACAUGGCAACAACAGACAGCAUGCAGGGUUUGGAUGACGUCAUGAGAGGAGCAGCAGGGGGUUCUGCUGGCAGUGUUCUCACCUGGCAAGGAGACAGACGUGAGGAGUCUGGGGAGGAGUCUGGUAGGAGAGACAAAGGUGUGAGAGUGUACAGGUGUGAGGAGUGCAGCAAGCAGUUCAGUCAGCUGGGUCAUCUGAAGAAACACAUGCGGUCUCACACAGGGGAGAAACCCUACAGCUGUGAGGAGUGCAGCAGGCAGUUCAGUAGGCUGGAUAGUCUGAAGACUCACAUGCGGGCUCAUACAGGGGAGAAGCCCUACAGGUGUGAGGAUUGCAACAGGCAGUUCAGUGAGCAGGAUGCUCUGAAGACUCACAUGCGGACUCACACUGCGGAGAAACCUUACAGGUGUGAGGAGUGCAGCAGGCAGUUCAGUAGGCUGGAUAGUCUGAAGACUCACAUGCGGGCUCAUACAGGGGAGAAGCCCUACAGGUGUGAGGAUUGCAACAGGCAGUUCAGUGAGCAGGAUGCUCUGAAGACUCACAUGCGGACUCACACUGCGGAGAAACCUUACAGGUGUGAGGAGUGCAGCAAGCAGUUCAGUCAGCUGGGUAAUCUGAAGACUCACAUGCGGACUCACACAGGUGAGAAACCCUAUAGGUGUGAGGAAUGCAGCAGGCAGUUCAACACGCUGAGUAGUCAAAAGAGACACAUGCGCACUCACACAGGGGAGAAACCCUACAGGUGUGAGGAGUGCAGCAGGCAGUUCAGUGAACUUUGUGUGCUUAAGAAACACAUACGGACUCACACAGGGGAGAAACCCUACAGGUGUGAGGAGUGCAGUAAGCAGUUCAGUCAGCUGAGUCAUCUCAAAACUCACAUGCAGACUCACACAGGGGAGAAACCCUAUAGGUGUGAGGAGUGCAGCAGGCAGUUCAGUAAGCUCAGUAAUCUGGAGACUCACAUGCGGACUCACACGGGAGAGAAACCCUACAGAUGUGAGGAGUGCAGCAGGCAGUUUAGUCAGCUGGGCAAUCUUAAGAAACACAUGGAGACUCACCAUGGAUAAACUGAAGGCGAAGGAAUGGAGAAAGCACGUAGUUCUGUGAGCUAGGAAGUCUGAAGAGAUGUGUACUUAUAUGAACCCUACAUAUGUUAAAGGAAUAUAGCAGGGAGCACAGUAGGCAAGAUAGAAAGAAUAACAUUGCAGUCACACUGGUGAGAUACCCUCAAGUGUUAUGA